UGGAAACAAGGGAUGUCUGUUCAGUGAACUCACCAGCAGUCCCGGGGGGGAUCUGAUUUCAUGUUUUGGAUAAAUUGAGUGAAAUGUCGCAUAUACCUUUGUCCUCGCGCUGCUUACAUAGCUGAUUCGAAUUAUUUUGGUGGAACAGAUCGAAACGAAUUUGUUGUUGUCGUUGGAAUUCUCGUUAUCGACGUUUUAAGUGCAAUGAAUUGGAUUUUACUCGGAUUAGUACUGACAAGCAUUGAGAUUUCAAUAGGCGUUCUAGUUCGUUUAAAAGGUGGAAAGCACUUUUACGAGGGGCGAAUUGAGGUGUUAUACAAUGGUACGUGGAAAGCUGUUUGUGAUCACGGCUGGGACAGGAACGGGGCCAGAGUAGUCUGCCGCAUGCUUGGAUUUCCCGAUGUGCUGCGGUAUACAAAGGGGCAUCAUGCAUUUGGCGUUGGAAAUGGGAAGUUCUGGCUUGAUGACGUCAAAUGCUCUGGAGAGGAGGAUUCGAUUGAUAAGUGUUCGCAUAGGCCCUGGGGCCGAAACAACUGUCAAAUCUAUAGUCAGGCUGGUGCUGUUUGCAGACAGCGUUUGAAUGACCUCAUUGUUGAGCCCAAGCCUUCGCAAGCCAGCGGUCAGGUUUCAAAAGUCAACAUAAGGUUAAAAGGCCCAGUUGUUGAUGACUACAUAUCAGAAGGUGUUGUUCAAGUGGAGCAUGAAGGAAAGUGGGGUUAUAUUUGUCCUUCGCAAUGGACUCAACUAAACUCGUUCGUGCUGUGCGGCCAACUGGGAUUUCCUAACGCUGAGAAACUUAAGUCUCAUAAAGAAACCAUCCAAGAUUUGGAGCCCGUCUAUUGGCUGGACCAGGUGACGUGCAAAGGAUGGGAGUCAUCGAUUGUGUCAUGUGACCAUGCAGGGUGGGGUAGUCAUCAAUGUGAAGAGGGGGAAGCGGUGAGGAUCGAGUGUGUCAGGCGAUUAAUCAAAAAACCACCAGACGUGAGAUUGCGAAGUGGGGCCCUGGUAUCGGAGGGGCGUGUGGAGGUACAGAAUAACAGAUAUUGGGGCACCAUUUGUGAUGAUCACUGGACCAUAAGAGAAGCUAAUGUGGUCUGCAGGUCAAUGGGUUACGGUACAGCGGAAAUAGCAACAAAAAAUGCGUACUACGGAAGAGGAAUUGGAAAGAUCAUGCUCGAUGAUGUGUAUUGUGUGGGUACUGAGAAGAGUAUUAGACAGUGUAAGAAAAGAAGAUGGCUCAAGUCCAACUGUAAUCAUCACGAGGACGCUGGUGUUAGAUGUCACGUGCCUUCCCUUCAAGGCCAUGAGGUUCGCAUUAGGGGCGGCGCAAACCAUCUUGAGGGUCGGGUUGAAGUCUUCUAUGAUGGAAAAUGGGGAACCGUCUGCGCUGAAGGGUGGGGAAUAGAAGAAGCUAUGACAGUUUGCCGACAGUUGAAUCUUGGAUAUGCCAGUGAAGCAGUUACGGAACAAAACUUCAGUCGAACAGAUCUUGAAGUUAUCAUGUCUGGAGUUCAAUGUCAUAUAAACGAUAUCUCUAUUUACCAUUGUGAGCAUGAUGAGUGGAAAAACACCACCUGCAGUGACAAGAAGAAGUCAGCUGGAGUCGUGUGCGUUAGUGCUCUACCUGACCUUGUCGUUAACACCGAUAUUCUCAGAAGUUACAUGGAAUUGAAUGUUUUUCCCUUAUCGGCGCUGAGAUGUGCCAUGGAAGAAAACUGUCUCAGUCCGUCUGCAGCACGUUUUUUAAGAUAUUCAGACACUUAUCGCAGGCGACUAUUACGAUUCAGCGUUCAAGUUGAAAACAGAGGGUUGGAUCACUUCAGACCAAAAGCUGACAAGUCAACUUGGCAGUGGCACAAAUGCCACCAACAUUAUCACUCCAUGGAAACAUUCUCUUCUUACGACCUCCUUCGUCAGAGGAGCGGGAAAAAGGUUUCCCAAGGACACAAAGCUAGUUUCUGUUUAGAAGACACCAAAUGCGAUUCUGGGUUUGACAAAGUUUGGAACUGUACUGACAUGGGAGAUCAGGGCAUAUCACCAGGAUGUUAUGACAUUUAUCACUAUAACAUCGACUGCCAGUGGGUGGACUGUACUGAUUUCGUACACGGCGCGUUUUAUCUUCGUGUUCACAUCAAUCCAGGCAACCAAGUGGCUGAAUCAGAUUUCAAGAACAACGUAGCCAAAUGUUCAGUGUAUGAUUACGGAACCUAUGUUUAUGCACUCAGGUGUUGGCUGGGUGAGUCUGAUAAUAGAUCACAAAAACGUGAUGAAUCUUCUGCUACCGUAAAGUAUUCAAUUCUUGCAGGGGUACUAUUUUACAUGCUGGCAAUUUUUGUGUUUUUGUUUUUCCCUUCUGGCAGCGGGCCUACCCAUAAAAAUACAUUGUUUUGUUCACUUAUGCAACGGACGGCACCAAAUGAAGAUCGACUCAACAUGAUGUGUGUUUUGCUUAUCGCGUUCGUCUCUUGCCUGAGGUUUGCCGGUGGCACAGAGGUGAGACUUAUUGGUGGAAAGCACGCGUUUGAAGGCCGAGUUGAGGUGAAAUACGACGACGAAUGGAGAGCAGUUUGUGACCAUGGAUGGAACAAGAAGGCGGCCAAUGUAGUUUGUAGAAUGCUUGGAUAUCCAGAUGCGUUGCGCUUUACAAAAGGACACCUAACCUUUGGUCGUGGAGAUGGAAAAUUUUGGUUAGAUGACGUCAUAUGCGGUGGUAGAGAAUAUGACAUUGAAAGAUGCUCACACAGAGACUGGGGACAACACAACUGUCGUUCAACUCAUCAGGCUGGUGUUAUAUGCAAGCUACAUCGAAGUGACACAAUAUUCGAGCCCGAGCCAUCAUCAGCCAGCGGAGAGGUGGUACACGUGAACUUAAAGUUACAAGGCCCAGUUGUUGAUGACUACAUAUCAGAAGGUGUCGUUCAAGUGGAGCACGAGGGAGAGUGGGGUUACAUUUGUCCUUCUCAGUGGACUCAACUGAACUCGUUCGUGUUGUGCGGCCAACUGGGAUUUCCUAAUGCUGAGAAAAAUGGGUCCUAUACAGAAACCAUCCAAGAUUUGGAGCCCGUCUAUUGGCUGGACCAAGUCACAUGCAAAGGAUGGGAGUCAUCGAUUGUGUCGUGUGACCAUGCAGGUUGGAUUCACCACAAAUGUGAGAUUGGAGGAGCACUGAGGAUCAAAUGCGCGCGCAAAAAUAUCACGCAGCCUCCAGUGGUGCGACUUCGAAGUGGUGCCAUGGUUUCUGAGGGGCGAGUGGAAAUGAAGUACCGUAAUGAAUGGAGAACCAUAUGCGACGACCACUGGACACUGAAGGAAGCUAAUGUAAUCUGCAGGUUUUUAGGCUAUGGGUCAGCGGCAGUAGCAGCCCACAGCGCGUACUUUGGGAGAGGUAUUGGAAAGGAGAUGCUGCACAAUUUACGCUGUCAGGGUGACGAGAGAAACAUCAACCAAUGUCAACAUCACGGUUGGCGCAGAACAGAAUGUAAUCACUAUGAAGACGCUAGCGUCAAAUGUCAUUCUCCAAAACUUCAAGGCCAUAAGAUUAGGCUCGCUGGUGGUGCAAAUUCCUUCGAAGGUCGAGUGGAAGUUUUUCGUGACGGACGAUGGGGAACUGUUUGUGCAGAUAACUGGCGAAUAGAAGAAGCAAUGGUGGUGUGCCGACAGUUGAAUCUUGGAUACGCUAGUCAAGCAGCUACGCAGAAUUAUUUUGGCCCCACAAAUCUGAAAGUUAUAAUGUCUGGAGUAAUAUGUCGCGUGGACGAGAUCUCCAUUUACAACUGUCAACGUCAUCAGUGGGACAAUACAACUUGCAGCCACAAACACAAAUUAGCAGGAGUCAUUUGCAUAGAUGAGUUACCAGAUCUCGUCAUCGAUACUGAAGCUUUGAGAGAAGAGAUGCGUACGCAGUCACUCCACGUUGACUUUCUGCAAUGUGCAUAUGAGGAGAACUGUUUAGCAAAAAGUGCAGACGUUCUCUUUAGUUCAAGUGGGGCUGGGCGAAACCGGAUGCGAAAACUGUUACGAUUUACAACAAAGAUUGAAAACAGAGGAUGGGACCAUUUCCGACCGAACUCGCCCAGGUCAGCCUGGCAGUACCACCAGUGUCAUGGCCACCAUCACUCUAUGGAGACAUUUGCUACCUAUGCUCUGCUACGUCGGGGUAACUGGGGAAAAGCCGCUGACGGGCAUAAGGCCAGUUUUUGUUUGGAAGAUACAGAUUGUGAUCCGGGCUUCGAGAAGAAAUGGGAUUGCACCAGGGGCGGUGACCAGGGCUUAUCUCCCGGAUGCUUUGAUAUUUACAGUCAUAAGAUUGACUGUCAGUGGAUCGACUACACCGGCAUCUUCAGCGGAGCUUUUUUUCUUCGAAUUCAACUCAAUCCUGGAAACCAAGUGGCUGAGUCAGACUUCAAGAACAAUGUUGCAAAGUGCUCUGUUUAUGACUACGGGAGUUUUUUUAUGGCUCACAAGUGCUGGAUUGAAACUUGCGAAAGCGGCGUCGAUACGUAUGGAGGAAAUUCACGUGGGAAAUGCUGCGAGUUUCCUUUCCGUUUCAAAGAUAAACUAUACCAUUCUUGUACAACUGAUGGACACAGAUACAAAAGGAAAUGGUGCUCAACAACUCCUAGUUACAGCAGGGACAAGAAAUGGGGACUCUGCUUCAACUAGAUGACUGAAGAAGCAAGGAUGACCGAAAGAUUAAGCCAAAUGUUUGGCAUUUUGGUAGAAAAAUUCUGAAUUAAAAUUUAAAACAGUAAAUGGUUUGAACCCAGGGGUAACAUGUAAUAGUGUAGUUUGAUCAUCCGGAUGAGUGUAGUCCUGAGAAGGACUGUUGUCGCUCGUUUGUGUUCAGUCAGUCUAGUUGUGAACUUUAAACAAAUUUAAGACUAAUGUGAACAUCAAUCUCUUUACAAAGCUUCAACAUCUAUCCUUUUGAAAUGAUCUGAAGUAAAGCCUAAAUCUGAAAUAUC